CGGAGAGCUGCGUGAAAUGGCAAUCCGGUCGUCGCUUGGUCAUCUCACCUCUUUACUCUUCCACCAAAUGUCGAACACCCAGUGGUUCCAUUAACGAAUUUCGUCUUUACUCUUCCUUUCCCAAGGCUCCCAAGGGCUUGAUUCCUCCUUCCUCUGCUACACUCCAAAACUUGGAAAUCCCCGAAAUUACCAUCAUCAUCGAUCGAGAGCCCAUCCUCUGGUCCUCCAUGUCCAGCUCAAUGAAGCUCCCCCUCAAGCUCCUCGUCGACAAGGAGAAGAACCGCGUCGUCUUUGCCGAAUCCGACAUAGAUUUCGUUAACAUCCUCUUCAGCUUCCUGACUUUGCCCAUCGGCAUCAUCGUCCGCAUCCUCGGCAAGAAAUCCUCCCUCGGCGCCAUGGACCGCCUCUACGAAAGCGUCGAGAAUCUCGACGCCCGCUACUUCCAGACCGCGCCCUGCAAGACAAUGCUCCUCCACCCCAAGAACGUGUCCGGGUUCCCAUGCGAGGGCCUGGCUCUGAGGGUCGAUGAUUCGGAGCAGCUGGUCUACUAUAGAUGCCCCAAGAAGGGGUCUACCUGUGGUUUUAGCUCGGUUCCCGGAGUUCGGUGUCCCUGUGGGCAGGUCAUGGAGGUGCCGUUUCCUGCGAACAAUUCGGACAGUGCGGACGGAUCGGACGGAGUUUUCGUUAGGGGGGCAACGAGCUUCAUUGUCAGCGAUGAUUUGUCGGUGAAGCCGGUUUCGAUGGGUGCGAGCCUGGCCUUGUUCCAGAAGCUUGGGAUCGAAGAUGGAAGUGUUCUGGAGAAGAGGAAUGUGGAAUUGGGUGCAGAGGAGGUUUUGCGCUUGCUUAAGAGAUCAUUGGUAUCAAAAAGGCCUUUGACAGACGUAUUUUUGCAAGAGCCAGACAUGAUUGAUGAUGCAGAGAAGUCAUUGAAGUCAAUGAUGGCAGUCAUAACUCAAACCAGAGUGAAAUAUAGAUCAACAGCCACUGAUUCCAAGAGAAUAAAUGUGAAACUUUUCCUAAGCAAAGAGAUUGGCAAGGUAGUGUAUGCAGAAGCAAGGGAAGACUUGGUGGAUCAAUUAUUCAGUUUCCUCACCUUUCCUUUGGGAUCCAUUCUGAGGCUCUUGGACAAGCAUUCUUCUCUGGGUUGUAUUGACAAUCUAUAUGAAAGUGUUGAGCUCUUAAGCAAUAACUAUAAUUACAUGAAGUCCAAGGAGUGCUAUGAUAUGCUAUUGGCUCCGAAGCUUCCUCCUUAUUUUGGUUGUGACAACCAGCUGUUAGACAUUGGUGAAAUGUGCUCACAAACGAUCAAAGUGGGUCAUCAGUCCUGGACCAAAUGCCGCUGUGAAAUGAAUCCAAAGUUGCAGACCUCUGGUACUGCAACUGGAGGAGGUUUUGCUAAGGGUUUGACGACGUUCAUGGUAACAGACGAGAUGGAGGUGACUCCGCUCUCACCCAUUUCAGCCGUCCAUGUCAUCAACAAAUUGAUGGUACCAAUCAACAGUUUAGAGGAGGCACAUGCCAGCCUGGGAGAGGCAGAGGCACUGAAUUUGUUGAGGGCUUGUUUGAUCUCACGCACGGCCCUAAGUGAUGUCUUCUCGCCGAGUUUGUUGAUGUUACUAGAUGAAAGAUGGUGUGGCCAAAAUUAUAGUAAGUCACUUCCCUGAGGGCAUCCUACCAAGUCUCUUUAGAUGGCUGUAUGUUUAUUUUGCUUGUUUAAUUUGUUUCACCUUUCUUGGUGGUCUCUGGACAUACAUUCUCAGGCAUUGCUAAAUGAUUCCAUGGCUGCUUUUUAUCCAAGGGAAUGGAUGCAAACGCCAAGUUAAUUUCAUGAAAUGUUCGAUGGCCUCCAAGGUCAUAUAAUAUAUAUAUGGAUGUGAUUAUCUUCCAAAUGGAUGGGAAAAAUGUAUUCGUACAUGUCGGUCAGCAAUUGGAGUUUGUGUUUUUCAGUUCCCUUGCACAGAUUUUGUUUGGGUGGGAGCGAAUGGUAAAAAAAAAAACCUUAUUAA